UACUGAACGGGCCCCUAAACAGAGGCAGAGCCUAAACAAUUUAUUUUUUUAAAAAAUAAGUGUGCGAAGAAGAACACUUCCACUGUUUUUUGAAAAAAAAACCGAAGCUUUGACGUGUAGAUCCGACCUUCCAGAUUCCUUUCUCCGGAAAGCGCCACUCUUUACGCUGAGAGUAUCGAUAACCGGUGAGGUAUUUGAAUGAUAAAUUCGUCUAUAAUGGAGAAAAGUGGAAGUAGUUUUGUGGGAUUGAGGCAAUCUGAUUUGAAGAAAUCCUUCAAGCUCGCACUUCGUUCUCUUCUAACAACCUGUUCUAAGGAGGAAUUCGACAAAGCAUUUUCAAGAUUCACUGGUGCUGAGCAAGAAUGUCUUCACCAGCUCUUUGUUCAGGUUAUUACUUCAUUGCAUGAAAGUAUAGAGGAAGAGUUCGAGUCUUUGUUCCUUGAAACACAGGUCGGACCUGCUCUCAAUAUUGUGGAGCAACUUGUUGAAGAGCAAUCUCUGGAUCCUUUGUUUUCAGAAAAGACUAACUUCAUUGAUGUUGCACAUGAUCUAUCCAUGGCAAAGAAGAAUGAGAUCCAUUAUCUGGGGAGUAUGCUGAAUAGGGCGGUGGAACAAAAGCGCGUCAUCGAGGCUCAGAUCAUUGAACUGAAGAAUGGAAGGAAAGAUGUCCCGAAGACGGCAGAUAUUGAGAAGCUGAGAAACGGGAUUUCAAGUUAUGGGACGUACGGAAUGGGAUUCAAGGUCCAUGGUUAAAUUGGGAAUAUAAACCCAUUUCAAGUGCUUUUCUAUUCUUGUGAUGUGCAAUGGAGGUCCCUCUAUAAUUCUGAAGGAAUGAAUUCUCGUGACUGGACCAAUACUUUCUGUAGGAAGCUGAAUGAGAAAUUUUUAUUACCUUGAUUUCAAGCAUCAUCAUCUUUUGUGUAUGCUUAGGAGGAGGCAUCUUUCUCCAAUCUGUGUAAUUCUACUGUUGUUUCUCUCAUUUGUAAUUCCUUCUUGAGGUUUGCUGCAGACUCUCUUCUUAGCAUUUCUCAGUAUGAGACUUCAGCUUUAGGGUUUAAGGUAAUUAACCAAUAUUAAUUACUGUUUUUUUUCCUAUUGA